AUGUCGAACAGUGCAAAAGAUAGUCUGUUUAUAAACGAUGAAGAAAUUAAAAUGGAAGAUGAAUUACAUCCAGAAGUCGAAAUUAAGGAAGAAGUAUUAGACGAAAAUUCUUCAGUAGAAAAUCAACAAAUACAAAAUGAAAACAAACGCUUUUCAUGUAAAAUAUGUGAUAAAGAAUUUACCACGGAAAUCAAUUUAGCUAAUCAUAAACGAAAUCAUAAAAAGGGAAAAAAUUAUUCAUGUGAUGUAUGUGAAAAAAAAUUUGCAAAGAUGUUUGAUUUACGUCAACAUAAACUUACACAUUCGGGAAAAAAGCCUUCAUCAUGUGAUAUUUGUGGUAAAACGUUUCUUCAUCGAGAUAGUUUAACACGACAUAAACGAAAACAACAUAAAAAAUCACUUUCAUCCGAUGCUCAGAAAACUUCUAUCAAAUCUGAACGUAAAGAAGUCCCUUCGAACAUUCCUCUUUCAUGCGAUAUUUGUGAAAAAAUGUUUGAAACGGAAUUUAAUUUCGUUUCACAUAAACGAUUUCACACGGACGAGUCGUUUUCAUGUAAUGUUUGUGAAAAGGCCUUUACUCAUUUAUUAGAGCAUAAAAUUUUGAAAAUAGAAGAUAAACCUGGUGAUAAAACAUAUUUAUGUGAUGAUUGUGGUAAAAAAUUUCCUACACGAAAACAUUUAGUUCGACAUAAACACGUUCAUAAACCACUAGAAAAAACAUUUAUGUGUGAUGUUUGUGGGAAAACAUUUUCCAGACGACAUUAUGUGAACAGACAUAGACUCACACAUACAGGAUUAAAACCAUAUGCAUGUGAUAUUUGUGGGAAAUCAUUUACUCAAAAAAAUAAUGUGAAUAUACAUAAAAGAAUUCAUACAAGAGAGGAACCAUUUUCAUGUGAUGUCUGUGAUAAGUCAUUCAAAGAGCAACGUAAUUUACUUGUACAUAAACGAAUUCAUACCGGUGAGAAAUUACACGCGUGUGAUGUGUGCGAUAAAACAUUUCCAUUGGGCCAUCUUUUAACUCGACACAAACGAAUGCAUACCGGUGAGAAACCGUACGCUUGUGAAACAUGCGGUAAAUGUUUCUCACAAUCGGGUAUUUUAAGUAAACAUUUACGAAUGCAUACGGGAGAGAAACGUUAUAAAUGUACGUUUUGUAUGAAAGGUUUUACACAAAAUCGAUAUUUAAUACAGCAUAUGCGUAUUCAUACUGGUGAUAAACCUGAUUAUCCUGGUAUCUCAGGUCUAGAUCUGGCUAAUUUUAAGAGUGGCACUAGAUUUAAUUGAGGCACCUGUAAUGUACUGUAACACAUCUAUAUCAUUGUAUAUAUGGAGAGUAGAGAUAAAAAGUGUCCACCGAAAAGAAAAGCAGAAAAUUAGCUGCUACAAGUUGUUAGAGAAGCAUAGAAAAGUUCACAUUAAAUACCUUUUGCUACUCAAGCGCCAUUCUAGUCAAUUUUAGAAAUGUUAUAUUCUGUUUUCAGCUGACACUUUUUUACUUUGAUCCCUAUUUAAGAUUUACCCCUUAUUUAAAAGCUUGUCGUGCCGACUAAUGAUGAAGAAUAGAUCCACGAUUUAAAAACUUACCACACCGAUUUGGUGGUGCACAUCAUUUUAAAAGCCAUUUUUUCAUAAAAAAAUCGAUUUUCUUUUUUGAAACAGUUAAUGUGCAACUCUUAACGAAGAAAAUGAGUCCCUACACUUUUUUAGGACCAUCCCUAAGGCAAGAGAAGCCGAAUUACGAAAACAUUUAUUUUUUUUUAAAUCGAAA